AACAAAUAGUGUUAUGUACCCGGUUCGCGCAUUUGUAUCGGGGGGGACAUCAAUUCUAGUCGUUAGUGAUGGAUUGUUUAGUCUGUGAGUAAUGCUAUAGUCCCCUCUCAUUAGAGCUUUCCUCAUUUUCGCAAUGGAAACCGUUCAAGGUUUUCAUGGUGUGUACAUGUUGUGUAGUAAAAGUGAAAUUCCAAAGUAUCGAAACCGGACUUACAUUGGCUACACCGUAAAUCCUAACCGACGAAUCAAUCAACACAACAAAGGUCGCAAAUUCGGCGGAGCAAAGAAGACAAGCGAUCGUGGACCAUGGGAAAUGGUAAUGACAAUUCAUGGAUUCCCUAAUAACAUAUCAGCUCUUCGGUUUGAAUGGGCCUGGCAGCAGCCAAAUGAAUCAAGACGGCUGAAAGUGGUCCCCGAUAUUCAAAGGCGAAAACCGCGCGAGAGCCAUUUCGACUAUAAUUUUCGUGUACUUGCUGUAAUGCUUCGGAUAGGACCGUGGAAUCGUCUGCCACUCACGAUUAGAUGGUUAUCGGAUGAUUAUGCACGGACAUUUCCGAUUGGUAGAUCACCGCCAGUACAUAUGCCAAUUUGUCACGGUCGGGUUAAAAUAAAAAAGAUUCCAAAACUGAGCGCGACCGAUCAACUUGCCAACGAUGCCACGGCAAUGACCACCCUCUGUAAAAUAUGUUACGACUAUUGUAGACCGGACAAUGUUGUACGCUGCAUUUCGCCGGGCUGCUGUUUUGUUGGGCAUCUGAUAUGUUUGGCGAAAUUAUUUUUGGAGCCGGGCCAGUAUGUUCCAAUCCAAGGGACAUGUCCUAGUUGUAAGAAAACUGUGUUGUGGGGUGAUUUGAUGCGUAAGAAAAAUGGAUGCUCGGAUUUGGAAAAGUGUUCGGAAUUCGAGAGUGAGGAGGAUGGUGACAGUGACGAUAAUGAUAUUUUGUAGAAUUAUAGCAGGUCCAUCAGGGCUCUCUUUAAGACAAAAAUUUUUGUUUAAAUUAAAAACGAAAGCGAAAACAAUCAAAA